AUGGCCGCGUCCGUCGAUCUACCAAACAAACCACCUGAUGUUUCGCCGCCCGCCCCUCCUCUUCCACCGCCUCCGCCACCACAUCCAUCACCUGCUCCAGUGGCCCAUCAACCCCUAACGCCCCCACCAAGCAUCCAUGGCGAGAACUACAUCCCGGAUGAAUAUCUCGAAAACGACCGCCGGGUCGCAGGAAUCAUGCUGAUGCUCAAGCAGCACCAACUCCAUCUCAGAUCGCAAGGGCAGGAUGUCGGGCGUCUGCAUGAGGAGAAUGGAGAUCUCAACGACAAGGUGCAGAGCAUGAGCAGGAGCGAUAGCAGAUUGCGGGAGGAGAAUGCGAGGCUGGAGAGCGUUUGCAAGGGGCUGGAGAGGGAGAAGAAAGAAGGGGUUGAACGUGAGGGUGAGCUGAAGGAACGCGUUAAGCGAUUUGGGGAGCAAAUGGAAGCGGGAAAGCUACAGCUGGAAGCCAGGGACGGAGAGAUCCAGCAGCUUAAGGGCAAAUUGGAAGCGAAAGACUUACAGAUGAAAGCCAACGAUGGAGACAUUCGGCAGCUCAAGAACGAAUUGGAAGCGAAAGACUUACGGCUGAAAGCCAAGGAUGGACAGGUCCAGCAGCUUCAGGGGGAACUGGAAGCGAAAGACUUACAGCUGAAAGCCAACGAUGGAGACAUUCGGCAGCUCAAGAAUGAACUGGAAGCGAAAGACUUACAGCUGAAAGCCAAGGAUGGACAGGUCCAGCAGCUUCAGGGGGAACUGGAAGCGAAAGGCUUACAGCUGAAAGCCAAGGAUGGAGACGUCCAGCGGCUUAAGAAUGAAUUGGCUACUAAAAACACACAGCUGGAAGUCAAGGACGAAGAGACGCAGCAGGCUAUAAGGGAAUUGGAAGCAAAUUACCGACAGCUGAAAGCCAACGACGAGAACAUUCGCCAACUCAAAUGCUCUCUUGAGUCGCUGAAAGGAGAGAAGGAGAAACUCUCGACAGAGGCGCAGGACCAGAAGAAGUCGGCCUCGGAGAAUCGGAGCCGCGCGAAUCAUCUUCAGACGCGGAUUGAUUCGCUUCUGCGCGAGAAAGAGGAGUUAAAGCUAGAGAACGCUCGCAUAAGAAGCGAGAUCUUAAAAGCAGAGUCCGAGAAAGAGGAUUUCCGCCAUUCUGCUGAGGAAGAGACCGCCCGUCUGGGAAAGAAUCUCGAGGCCGCGAAUGCCAAGCAGCGCGAGCUCGAGAAGCAGAUCGCAGGCGAGCAGUCGAAGCGAUGCGAGCUCGAAGAAGCAGCAAAGAGAGAUCAACAAGAGAUCGGGCGACUGCAAGGCUCUAUGACCUCCUGGGUGAACGCCAACAACGCCGCCAAGACCGACUGCAACAACAUGAGGAAGCAAUGGCAACAAGAAAGCCGCCUACACCAGAUCGAAGAGCAUAAGCGGAAAGCUUUGGAACAGGACUUGGCAGGCUGUAAACGUACCUUGCAAGCUUGCAAAAAAGACCUAGAGAAGGCGAAGCAGGAUCUUAAGAAGAAGGGACAAGAUCUAGACAAGGAGAAGCAAGGUCGGGUGUACGCCAAUACACAGCUGGAGAGCCUGAAGAAACUCGCGCAGGAAGACGAAGAGAACGCCGCUGCACAUCUCAAAGCACGCAAGGCCGCCGAGAAGCACGUGGAGCAGCUUGAAAAGGAACUUCAGACGGCCUUGCAGCGGACGAGUAAAGCCGAGUCGCAACUGAAAAACGCUACCGCAGAGAUCGCUGAGCUCCAGCAGGACAUCGAGCGUCAAGAUGAAUUCAGCGAUCAGCUCGCAAAACUGAUCCGCCGGGAGAAGGACGACCGGAAGCCGUCGAAGGAAGAGCGGUUGAAGCGGGGACGAUCAGACGACGAGAAGGAGGAGAAAGAAGAGCGACCGGCGAAGAAGUCGUGUCUCGAAGAAGAAUGGCAUCCUUCAAACGACCCGUCGUUCGCCUAG